UUAUUUGUAAAGUUGAAGUAGAAAGAUGAAGAUUAUUGUGAGUUUAUUAGUAGUGCUGUUUGUUGUUGCAGUCAAUGGACAAACUGGUCCAUGUGCCAACGUCCGAACUCGUGCUGCUUGGGGUGCACGCGCAGCUAACCCAGCCUGGCUUUCUACUCAACCACCCACACAUUUUGUUGUUCACCAUACGGUCACUGCAACAUGCACCACGACAGCUGCUUGUGAUGCUACAAUGAGAAGCAUGCAAAACGGUCAUAUGACUGGCAACGGAUGGGCUGACAUUGGCUACAAUUUCUGUAUUGGUAACACAAAUAUUGUAUAUGAAGGACGAGGCUGGAACCGUUCUGGAGCUCACUCUCCAAGCUUCAACACUCGCUCAAUUGGAUUCUGCUUCAUUGGUAACUUCAUGACUGUUUUGCCUCCACAAAACGUUUUGAACACAGCUCAAGCUUUCAUCAUUUGUGCGAGAGAUUGGGGACGUUUAACAACAACGUAUCGAUUAAUGGGACAUAGACAAGAUGUUGCAACUGCUUGUCCUGGUGAUGCUUUGUUCAACCAAAUCCGAACAUGGCCGCGAUGGUCUUAAAUUAAUUUCAACUACGAUUACACUGAAUAAAUAAUUUUAAUCCUUUAUA